UUUGCACUUUUAGUUUGUUUCAGAACAACGCUGUUUUGGCUAUAUUUUACUGAGUUACUUGAAAGUAUCAUUGUACGAUUCACUCACGUUGCAGUCUUUCCUCCUAAGUUCCGAUGCUAGCGCCGAAGCGGGCCCUACUAGCGACUGGCGAAGAAAUGGCCACCUUCAAGCCAGUGGAGAUCAUCGCCAUGUCGGCCAUUGAGAACGCGAUAGACGAACGCAGUGAUGCUCUGCGAGAAUUGAGCAGAAAGAUUUGGUCACAGCCUGAGCUGGCGUAUGAGGAACAUAGUGCGCAUGACGCGCUGACGGAGUUUUUAGAGGCUCAGGGCUUCGCAGUGGAUCGCCACUACAAGUUGGACACGGCGUUUCGUGCAGUUUUCAAGCAGGGCCAUGGUUCACCACAUGUGGUUGUAAUUUGCGAGUAUGAUGCCCUACCGACUAUCGGACAUGCUUGUGGCCAUAACCUGAUUGCGGAGGCAGGUGUUGCUGCUGGCCUGGGGCUUAGAGCGGCUCUUCUCAGCGGGCAGGUAAGCGGCAUGGUGAGUAUCAUUGGUACGCCUGCCGAGGAAAGUGGCGGUGGCAAGAUCGACUUGAUCAAGGCCGAUGCGUUUGCAGGCGUGGACGCAGCGCUAAUGGCACACCCGGACCAGUUGAACAUGAUGGCGCCCAUUGCUCUUGGCUACAACACGGCCCUGGUGACGUUCACGGGCCGUGCCGCACAUGCGGCGGCCGCGCCGUGGGAUGGCCUCAAUGCGCUGGACGCAGCCAUCAACGCCUACACGUCGCUGUCCAUGCUCCGGCAGCAGAUGAAGCCGGACUGCCGCAUGCACGCUGUCAUCACCGAGGGUGGUGUUAAGCCCAAUAUCAUACCUGAAAGGGCAGUGCUGAAGUACACCGUGCGCUCCACGUGUCUACAGGAGCUUUCCGCUUUGAAAGAGAAAACCAUUGCCAUCAUGAAGGCAGCUGGACAGGCAACAGGCUGUGACGUAGACAUAGAGUUUGCUAAUAAUGAAGAGCCUUCUCAUUAUUCCGAUGUUAUCCAUAAUCCAUGUUUGGUAGAGCGGUUUCAACAGCACUGGGAGAUGCUUGGGGAAAGGGAUGGAGCAGCAGCUGCGGUAGUCGCUCCGAAUCAAGUUUGGGCUUCAACAGACAUGGGGAACGUGUCUCAUGUCGUUCCGUCCAUCCACCCGACGUUUAGCAUUGGCACCAGUGCCAAUAUCCACACGAGGGAAUUCACGGCUGCCGCCAUGACUGAAGAGGCACACAAGGCAACUCGUACGGUUGCCAAGGCGAUGGCUAUGGUUGGCUGGGACAUUAUGUCAGAUGAGCAAGUUCUGGUCCGAGUGAAGCAGGGCUUUAGGCAACAGAUACCACCAAGUGAAUGAGUUGCCUCUAAUAGGGGUUGGAUUUUUGGAAAUUUACUGAGAGCCCCCCCCCCCCCCAUGCCCCGAUUCUUUCGGCUUUUCGACGCGCUGGUGUCCAUAGUGUUUGUGCUAACUAGUAUAUGUGUCACCUAAUGUUUUAGCCUCAUUUGCUCUAUAUACUACUGACUUAUUUUUGUCUUUGAGAUUCAAGUCUUAGUGACGAUAUAUCCACUGGUUAACCGCUUUUGUCCAUUUGUGGCAUUUGGCAGAACGUCUACUUGUGCGGACUGCGCAUUCAGCUUUAUUUAUUUCUAGAUUACAUCUCACUCAUUGUCAUUCAUUUAGCCUAUAUUAUAACUUCAGCAUCUUUCCUCAACGAGAUUUCACAAGUACUUCUUUUUUAAGUACAUUUCAAUUUCUUCUUUUAUGUGUGCGUGUGCCUUGUGACUCAUGCAUCAAUCCAACCAGGGCUGUAACCACUGAAAGUGACAGAGCGUAGUGCUGCGGCCCGUAACGCUGGCAACAAAAUCAGCUUUUGUCACUUUUAGUUUUACAUUGCAUGAUUAUUCAUUCGACUUACCAAAAGCUACUCACCUCCCACCGCUUAGGAGCUGCAUCUGCGCCUUGAUCCAAGAGGGUGGUGGCGUUCCUGCGGAUGCGGAAAACUGGGCCUUUGGCCGAGUCUCACGCGAACCGUGAAAUUUUUUUUAUUUAUUUUUUUACCAAAAGCCCUAUGCGUGAUGCAUUGCCUGAGUGUAAUCACUAAUGAGUCGACAUCUGUGUUGGUUUAUGGAAUAACGUUACACUGUAUGGUUCAUUGCUAUCCGAUGAGUAUCAAUUGACUGUAUGGUUCAUUGCUAUCUGAUGAGUAUC